AGCAAGCCACUCAGAGAUCUUAAAACAAUUCUAAAGAACGUUUGUUUUUCCUUUUUUUUCCCUGUAGUUUUCCAGCCAUCUAGUCCAUCUCCUCUUCAGCCCCAGGGUCCAGUGAAGUCCAACAACAUUGUGACGAUCACUGGGAUAUCCCUGUGCUUGUUCAUCAUCGUUGCCACCGUCCUAAUCACGCUGUGGAGGAAGUUUGGCCGUCCCCCGAAGUGUGGCCCCCCCGCCCGGCACAACUCCAUCCACUCCCCAAGCUUCCGGAAGAACUCCGACGAGGAGAACAUCUGUGAGCUGAGCGAGCAGCGUGGGAGCUUCUCGGAUGCAGGUGACGGGCCCUCGGGGAGCCCGGGGGACAUGGGCAUCCCCCUGACCUACAGGCAGAGUGUGCCAAUGACUCCUGAGGAUGAGGCCUCUGGCAGGGAGAGCUUCCAAUCCAACGCCCAGAAGAUAAUCCCCCCUCUAUUUAGCUACCGGCUUGCCCAGCAGCAGUUGAAGGAGAUGAAGAAGAAAGGCCUGACCUAGACCACCAAAGGGUACCACGUGUCUCAGAGUCCCCUGACAGACACCGCCAUCGAUGCUGCCCCGCUGCCCUCAGACCUGCCCUUAGACCCAGAGAGCCCAGAAGACGCUGCAGCCAAGUUCCGGAUCAAAUCCCCCUUUCUGGAGCAGCCUGCAGUGGGCGCCGGGGAGAGGCCUCCCUCCCGGCUGGAUGUGCCUGUCCCUCUGGCCAGUUGUGCUGUAAGCCCCAGCCAGACCCUAAUCCGCAAGUCACAGAUGAGGCACGUGGGCAGCCGAGGGGGGCUCUCGGAGAGAAGCCACCCCAGGAGUUUUCAUUUCAGGAGGACGGCCAGUUUCCACGAAACCAAGCAGGCCCGGCCAUUCAGGGAGAGGAGCAUGUCCACGUUGACGCCCCGGCAGGCCCCAGCCUACAGUGCGAGGACGCGGCCCUGGGACCAGGCCGAAGGUAGAUUUAGACCUCAGAGUCGAGGUGCUGCCUUAUUUCCUGAGAAACGGGACCAUUUCCCAGGAGCAAGUGGAACCAGUGCUCCAUUAAGCUCUCUCCCUAAAUCCUGCACCUUCAGGCAGCCCCUGAGGAAACCAGACCUAGGGUUUCGCCAGGCAGGAUUGGUGGCGGGAGGUGAGAGAGCAGAGCCUCCCAGAGCUCGGAGGGGCCCGUCCCCCAGUCAAAGGAGUGUCUCAAGGAAGCAGCCUUCACCCACUGCUCCCAAAGAUACCUAUCACAGGGUGAGCCCUCUGAGCCCUCCUCAAUGUAGAAAAGACAGGUGUCAGAGCUUCCCGGCUCACCCAGAGUUCGCCUUCUAUGACAACACAUCAUUCGGCCUCACCGAGGCAGAGCAGAGGAUGCUAGACCUCCCCGGAUAUUUUGGGUCAAAUGAGGAGGAUGAAACCACAAGUACACUCAGCAUGGAGAAGCUGGUCAUCUAGUCCAAGCUCAGCCUGGGACUUUACACACUGGUGUCCUUUGCCCAGCUCGUGUUAUCAGCUGCUCAUGUUAUUCUGUGGAUUGUUUCGUUUAACUGUAUAGUAGGACAGAAUGUAGGCAGGAAGUAACAUGUGUGUGCAUGCAUUGUAAUUCAUAAGGAAGAAGUUAUCCUGAAUUUUUCCCUUUGUUAUCCUAUUUCUAUUGGUUUAUUACUAAUAACUACAAUAAUAAAAUUUGAAUGAGUGAAA